AUGGCCAGUUCACGGUUCAUUCCACUCUUCGGCCUGCUCUGCAUCGUGCUAUGCUUCACCACCGCUCACGCACAAGCACAAGCGAAGCCCACCAAGGCGCAAAUAAAAGCCGAGCUGCAGAACAUGGCGAACGCCAUCACCAAGAAGUACCCGCAAUACGCUAAAUACGCCAAGGACAUCAACAAGUACAUCGGCCUAGCACUGAACUCCAAGUACGACUUCACUGCUCUCAGCGACGCCACCCUCCUACUCCCCAGCGACACGGAGGCCCAGGCCCUCGCUAAGAAGUACACCGUUCCCGCCCUCACGGCGCUCAAGAAAUCGCAGCCGCUGGGAACGCAGCUGAAGCAGGCGAUGUACAAGGUUUCGGUGCAGAAUGGUAACACCGUUUCCUUCGCCAAGGCUCCCAACGCCCCCCCUGCCGCGUGGACGACGAUCCAGAUCGUGCGGCUGUACGCUGGGCCGUACUUCAUCGCCCACGGCGUGGAUAAAGUCCUGAUUCCCCCUAACACCAAAGUGUAA